AUGGACAUACGCGACCACCACCGCGCUCCCUGGGAAUUUGUUUCCCACCUUCUCCAUUCCCGGACUCCUUCCAAGUCUUCCCCCUCGACGCGUAUCCGACGGAAUCAAGAUGUCGAAUUCGCAUACGAGAUACAAUCGAAGGCUGCGGUUUUCGGCGCUUUGAGAGGAACCGCCAUCGGUGUCGGUCUCGCCAUUAUUGCCCAUCAUACAUGGCCUCUCUUCCGACGUCAAACGCUGGCUUUCAAAGGAUUCUUGGUGAGCGGAUUCACAGUGACUGGUCUCGUGUUCGCGGCGGAAUCUGCCUUGCUUGCACACGAGAACGCUAGACGCAGGGAAGAAAACCUCAUUCGACGAGCUGCCCGGUUGGACCUCGCCCGGCAGGGUCUCAUCGGGACAGAAACCGAAAUCGCAAAGUGGAGGGCCGCUCGGGAGCAACAGUCAGCAGCAUCGACAGAGCCCGACUCUUCUUCGUGA